GAAAGUUACUGUCAGACGGUGUGUAUGCGUAAGCAGUCACACAGAAAUAUUCGCGGCGAGGAGAAAAAUAAAUUUUAACACUUAAAAAGGUGAAAAACGCAGUGUGUUUUGAAAAUUAUGUAAAAAGUUGUACGCGGAAACGUGUGUUUGUGUUAUAUGAUAUAAAAUUGUGUGAAAUUUUUAUGCAUUUAGUGGAAAUCAAUUUCCACAAUGCAUUGAAUCGCUAACCUACGAUAGUGUUGGUCUAAAAUGGCGUCGAACUUCAUGGAAGUUAAAUGGCGUCCCAUUAAAAAGAACGGAAAAGUUUUUAUGGUAUUUCAGAAUAUGGUGCAAUAUUUGUAAGCAAAAGGUGUAAAAAAGGAAUAGUCAAAUGACUCGUCGUAAUCACAAUCGUUGAUUUCGUCGCAAUCGCCGUAGUUUAUGUGUGUGUUUCGUACGUUUUUGAAAAACGAUGCUGGUAGUAAAAGUGAACAAAAAAGAACAGCGAAAAUAAGCUAAGUAAUAAGUGAAUAACUAAAACGUACAUAUAAAAGUAGAAAAGGCGACUUGUUCACGUCAUCGUGUCAUACUGAAACCGAAGUGCACUGAACGAACAAACGCACGGGCGCUUCAUAUGACUCGCCUAUUAGUUGACGUAUAUAACUACAAGUACAUGCACAUUUGCAUAUCGAAAAUUGUUUUGAAAAAAUACUAAUUCUGAAAAAGUUUAAUUAAACAUAAAAUCAAGAAAAUAAAACGACACAGUAACGACAAACGAGGUGAUUGUGAGCCAAUUGAGAAAAAAAUAACAAACAAGUUCCAACAAUUGUACAGUGACUCUGGUAAAUCUCUCUACGCAUCUAUUGUUGUUGUGAUAGAUAAUAAAGCACAAAUAAGUCAGUGAGUGUGACCAGAGCGCGUUUACAAGCUGUGCUUGUUUACAUUGCAGUGUCGCUGGCUUUGUUUUCGCCACUUUUACAUUUACCGUAUAGUCGUAUCAACGCUGUUUGUUGUUAUUCUGCGUUUUUUUUUUUUUUGUAAUCUUUUUUCUGCUUUUUUUCGUAUUGCAUUCCGUUUUGUUCAAUGGUCGUUUUGAAUGCCAACAUAAUCAUUUGUGUGAUAAGUCAACGCGUUGUUAUCAAUUUUGUUUUUUUUUUGUGAUUUGUGUUUAUUGAAAAAAGCCUCACCACGAAUUACCUGACGUUCUCUUCGUCGCGGCGGUCAACUGUAGUCGCAACAAGUGGUGGUAAAACACCAGCCGCCAGCACCACCGCGCUCGCAACUUCAGCAGGAACUGCCUCUGCUUCAUCGAGUGUCUCAUCGUCCUCGUCAGCGCUUGGAUUGCUGAGUUCGAGUUUCGUCGCCACAUUCUCAAAUCCUUUCAGCAGCAGUAAUAGUAGUAGUAACAGUAAUAACAUUAGCAAUAGCAACAACACUGCCGCCUACCCAAACAUAGAAGACCCGGCAAUAAUAAGAGAUACUGCAAACUCUGCUUUGCCACCAACAUUGUACUACACAAAACCGCAACAACAACAACAACAAAACUAUCAACAUCAAACACAAAAUCGUUCGUCAACUGCUACAACUACGAGUACUUAUUUUCAUCACACGCCAAACAGUAGUGGCAGCAUACAACGUGCAACAAUGGCUGCUAGUGGCACAGCUGCACCGAAUAGCAGCAGCAGUACAGCUGCGCUUGGCCUAUCGCCCACAUAUGAACCGCUUGGCGGUGGUCCACACGCUACCAUCGUUAAGGAGGGUUGGUUACAGAAACGUGGCGAACACAUAAAAACCUGGCGUUCACGUUAUUUUAUACUGCGCGAUGACGGCACCUUGAUGGGCUAUAAAAGUCCGCCGGUAAAUAAUGCACCCGCUGAUCCAUUAAAUAAUUUCACAGUACGCGGCUGUCAAAUUAUGACAGUCGAUCGACCCAAACCGUUCACUUUUAUUAUACGCGGCCUACAAUGGACCAAUGUUAUCGAGCGUACAUUUUGUGUGGAAAGAGAGAUCGAACGGCAACAGUGGACCGAUGCCAUCAGAAAUGUAGCGAGUCGCUUGAGUGAGCUGGGCGAGACGGCCAUGUCACCAUCGACCUCAACAGACAUGUCUGAUGUGGAUAUGGCAUCUAUUGCUGAAGUGGAACUGCGUAACAGUUUUUCAGUGCAGGGCACAACGAAACGCAGUAGUGGCGGCGUUAAAAAAGUCACGCUUGAAAAUUUCGAGUUUAUAAAAGUGUUAGGCAAAGGCACGUUUGGCAAAGUAAUUCUGUGUCGUGAGAAGGCCACUGCAAAGCUGUAUGCAAUUAAAAUUCUGAAAAAAGAAGUUAUCAUACAAAAAGAUGAGAUCGCGCACACCAUCACCGAGAGCCGUGUGCUGCAGACUACGAAUCAUCCUUUCCUAAUUUCACUUAAAUAUUCAUUUCAAACAAACGAUCGUCUGUGUUUUGUGAUGCAAUACGUAAAUGGCGGUGAAUUAUUCUUUCACUUGAGCCGUGAACGUAUUUUCAGCGAGGAUCGUACGCGAUUCUAUGGUGCUGAAAUAAUUUCCGCCUUGGGUUAUCUACACUCGCAAGGCAUUAUAUAUCGUGAUUUAAAGCUGGAAAAUUUAUUGCUAGACAAAGAUGGACACAUUAAGAUCGCUGACUUUGGGCUGUGUAAAGAGGAUAUCACGUAUGGUCGUACAACGAAGACGUUUUGCGGUACACCCGAAUAUCUGGCGCCUGAAGUAUUAGAGGACAACGAUUACGGGCAUGCAGUCGAUUGGUGGGGCACCGGUGUCGUCAUGUAUGAGAUGAUAUGUGGACGUCUUCCUUUCUUUAAUCAAGAUCAUGAUGUACUUUUCACACUUAUCUUAAUGGAAGAGGUAAGAUUCCCCCGCACAAUUUCUGAUGAGGCGCGCAGUUUGCUUGCCGGCCUUUUGGCUAAGGAUCCACGUCAACGUUUAGGCGGUGGACAAGAUGAUGUUAAAGAGAUACAAGCACAUCCCUUCUUUGCGAGUAUUAAUUGGACGGAUUUAGUGAAUAAGAGGAUAACGCCGCCUUUUAAACCACAAGUAGUAUCCGAUACAGAUACACGUUACUUCGAUACAGAGUUUACGGGUGAAAGUGUGGAAUUAACGCCGCCAGAUCCUGCUGGUACAUUGGGUUCCAUAGCAGAAGAGCCACUUUUCGCACAGUUCAGCUACCAGGACAUGGCAUCCACAUUAGGUAAUUCAUCGCACAUCAGCAGCUCGGCUGGUCUUGCAUCGAUGCAAUAGAAUCGAAUAAAAUGCGUAUGACGUUAUAAUCGCCAACGUCGUUACCAAUAUGUUGAUCGUCCUUAUGAUCAUUACUGCCAUCAUCGUCAUCAGCAUCAUCGUCAUCCAUAUUUUGAGAAGCAACAACAACAACUGCAAAAUAACAAACAAACAAGCAAAGCAAGUGAAGCAACCACAAUUGUUGUAGAAUGUAAAUUCUGUAACGUGGAUGCUGCCGCAAGCCAAGUCACCGCCACAGCAACACCACAUAGAGGAAAAAUACAAUAUUGUUUUGGCCCUAUCAACAAAGCUGUAGCGCUCGUUUUGUGCAUUUGUGAGUUGCAGCAUCUUUUCUACUACUAAGGCAACAACAAAAAAUUGCAUGAUAACGGACUAUAACACCGCAAUGUGUAUGCACUUGUCAAAUGCGUCUGAGCGUCCACCGACCGGUGAUUCAUUGUUCGCAUUUUCGUUGUAUUGAAAGCGAGUGGUUUUAUUUUUUACGUUUUUCACUGGUUCUGCGUAGUUGCGGCGGUGACUGCAGCAGCUUUUGAGAUACUCACUGUGACAACAACAACAAAAUAGUAAACAAACAAAAAAUAUAUAGCUAUGGCAGUAGUGGAGGUAAUGGCGCGCACAGCCGCAUAAGUGAAAUGAACAGCAAAAGCAACAUGAUAAAGAAUAGCUUAUAAUAAUAAUACAAUUUAAAAGUAAAAGUAAUAAAUAAAAAGUUUAAACCGCUAAAAUACAUCUACAUACAUCAUAUAUUAUAUACAUAUAUAAAUAUAAUUAUAAUAAUGAACAGCAACAAUUACUGCUACAACUACCAAUAUUAGUACAUAUUGCAACUACAACUACUACUAUUAAAUAAAAAUUAAAUUUAAAAAAAAAAAUAGAAGUAACACAAUUAAAAGCAAAAAUACAAACCAAUAAAUAAACAUAAUUUAUUUUUUACACUACAGUUACAAUUGCAACUACAAUAAUAAUAACUGAAAAUAAAAUUACAAGAAAGAAAAAAAAAACAAGAAACAUCAAGCGAUAAUAUAAUAAGUGCAUACAUACUACAAUUUAUUAUUAUAUACAUACAUAUACAAGAAAUAAAAAAAUAAAAAUAAAUAAAAAAAAGGUAAUAAAUUUAAAAUAAAAUUGAUAACUGCGAAAAUGGUUAAAGUUAGUUAUAAACAAAUUAUAUAUACAUACGUACAUACAUACAUACUACUAUUAUAAAAAUAUAAAUGAAACAUUUUAAAUAAAAUAACUAGUUAAUUUAAAGACUUUUUCUGUGCCGCACUGCUAUUAUUUCAUGUUUUCUAAAAAUAAUUAUGCAACUAAUGUACAAAACCCAAAACAGCAACAACCACAAAAUUGAACUAAACAUACAUACAUACCUACCAUAUAUGCGCGCAUACUUUUGUAUACUCUUCAAUUUUUUCUGUUUGUUUUGAUUGUCGCAAAAAUUUUCAUUUUGUUUAUAAUUUUACAUUUAAACCGUUAUACCGUUGUACCGUUGUGCUGUGCGCUUUAAAUGAAUGAUUUAUAGACGAUUUUUAUGUUUCUUAUACAACAUUUUUCUAUAUUCAGUUACUAUGUAACAUUUAUGUGAAUGUUCACAAAAAAAAAAAUAAGUAAAAACAAAAAAAAAAAAAACCAAACAUAAACAAAAAGCAAACGCAGUUAUGUAUAAAGUUGUCAAGGCAGUAGAAAAAGAAACGAAAAGAUAAAAUAAAAAUAAAAAACUAAAAAUAAAAAAAUAAAAAUAAAGGAUGCUACUACAAAAAAUAUGUAAGUUAUUUCAAAAUUUGUUAUACAUUUUGGUAAUGUUUAAAGCAACACAAAAACACAAAAGCACUCGAAAUGGCCGACACUAAAAACAAUGCUGGAGUAUCAAUUUUUUGCAGCGUUGCAACGUGAUAUUUUAAAAGCUGAAUACGUUCCAAUGCCUGCCUUGGAUGAGGAAUGAGUUGUACAUGCGCUUCGACUUUCUUUGCAUUUGACGCUGAAUUCAGUUUAGCGCUUCAAUGAGUGGAUAUUACAGCGCUGCUUAGGUUGUGGACCUUUGCAAGCAUACACAUACAGUUAGUUCGAUAGAAUCAUACAAAAAUAAACACAAAAAAAAAUUUUUGUUUUAGCAAACGUAAUGUACAAACAGCGAAAAUAUAUAAUUUAACUAAGCCCAUGCCACAUGCAUAGUUAAAUAUCAACUAUAGUUAAUAGAAUUCCAAUUGUGUAAUUUGUUUCAUUAAAGAAAAAAAAAACAAUAAUAAAAUGUGAAAAAAACUACCAUACAACACAAAUGUUUAAACGUUUACAGUUGUAAAUGUUA